AACUGUAUUUUUGUUAUCUUAAAGACAAACGGCCCCAAAAAGGUCAACGAUAUGAACUGCAAAAUUUAAGCCAAUUUAUCAAAUCGCCUUUUUUGGCUGCUGGCUCAAAGCAGGCGCAACUUUAUCACUUCUUUCGUCCGAUAUAAAGCUCAGUUCAUCGCCUGCUGUGGUCACGACCACAUCGAUUUGGGCGCGAUGAGUCUUCUAAGCACGGUUCUAUACCUGGUACUCCCAGCCAUAGGCCUGCUGUAUGCCUAUCUGCGUCGCAAGUACGCCUACUGGAACGAUCGCAAUGUGCCCAACGAUCCCGGUCAGUUCCCGAUGGGGACGUUUGCCGGUACGGGGACCAAGUAUCACUUCACCCAGACGAUGGAUAGUGUCUACCGUCAGUUUAAGCGGGUUAGUCCCGUGGCCGGAAUGUACAUGACCGUGAGUCCGGUGCUGCUGCUGAUCGAUCUGGAGCUGGUGAAGCAAGUUUUGGUGAAGGAUUUCAACUUUUUCCGCGAUCGUGGAAUUUACUACAACGAGCAGGAUGACCCGCUGUCGGCGCAUUUGUUCUCGAUCGAGGGGGACAAGUGGAAGUUUCUGAGGAACAAGUUGAGUCCAACGUUCACCUCCGGCAAGAUCAAAUACAUGUUUUUGACGGUUCGAGAGAUUGGUGAUCAGUUUUUGCAGGGUUUCGAUAAGUACGUGGACAGUAAAAGUCCGGUGGAUUUAAAGGCGUUGGCGAAGAGAUUCACCUGUGACGUGAUCGGAUCGUGUGCGUUCGGAUUGAAUUGCAACUCGUUGAAAAAUGAAGGUUCGGAACUGCUGACGAUCGGGGAUAAGGUGUUCAACGCGGGGCCGUUGCAGUUUUUCAAGAUAAUUUUCAUGACAAGCUGCACUGCAAUUUCCAGAAAGUUAGGAUUGAAGGUAGUCCCUAAAGAUGUGACGGAAUACUUCAUGAACGUCGUUCGUGGAACCGUCGAUCAUCGGGAGAAGAAUAACGUGAUGCGAUCGGAUUUUCUGCAGCUGUUGAUGCAGUUGAAGAACAAGGGCACGGUUGAGGAUCACGAGGAAGAGUCGCAGGACAAAAUUUCAAUGGAUGAGGUUGCCGCACAGGCGUUCUUGUUCUUUUUCGCUGGAUUUGAGACAUCUUCAACGGCAUUGUCGUUUGCACUGUUUGAGUUAGCUAACAACCAAGGAAUACAGGAGAAGACCCGUGCCGAAGUGAAACGCGUGUUGGCAGCUCACGGCGGUCAAAUAACCUACGAAGCACUGAAAGAUAUGUCCUAUCUGGAGCAGGUCGUCAACGAAACUCUCCGACUUCAUCCUCCGGUGGGCAACUUGUUCCGUGUGGCCAACCAGCCGUACCGUUUAUCAAAAACCGAUCUUACCAUCGAAAAGGGCACAUUGCUGAUGAUUCCUGUGACCUCGAUCCACCAGGACCCGGAGAUUUACCCAAACCCGUGGCAGUUUGAUCCGAAUCGGUUCACACCGGAAGCGAUCCAGGCCCGCCACACGCAUGCCUUCCUGCCGUUCGGGGUCGGUCCCCGGAACUGCAUCGGAAUGCGGUUCGCCCUGCUGGAGGUCAAGUUUGGAAUCGCUGCGCUGCUGAGCAAGCUUCACCCUUCAAAUGUACGCAUUGUCCUUAGUAUGCUAUGACGGCUAGGAGAAAAU